AUGAAUGAUUGGGAAAUCGGAGGGACGCAGAACAAAUGGGUAUGCCCCUCGGAUCGGCAUUUGCAGUUGAGGGCGCAGUUAAAAUCGGGUUGGUCCGUGCGGACGUCGGCGGCGAGGAGUCCAACAAAUGCCAAAGCACAGCCCGGGGCAAUUAGUGAGGCGGAGCAGGAACAAAUUAAAAAGGUACUUGAACGGGUAGAAGAAAGCAAAAUGCGGGAACAACAACGGAUAGGUAAAAUGGUCGACCGACUGGACAAGAUGCGAAAGCGAGCCACCGGAAAUGGUGUCACCCACUGCCUGCUCUGCCACACCGAAUUUGGGCUGUUGGCCAGUAAAAGCUACGCAGCGAUGUGUACUGAUUGUCGGAAGUACGUUUGUCAACGGAAUUGCGGUGUCGAGACGGUCGAGGCGAAAACCGGAGAAGUCGUCUUUCUCUGCAAAAUAUGCGCCGAAUCAAGAGAGGUGUUGUGGAAGAAGAGCGGCGCAUGGUUCUACAAGGAGAUGCCGGAGUAUGUGAAGCCGGAUGUUGGCGGCGCAUGUCAACCUGGCCCGUCUUCCCCACCCGGUGCCUGGGGAGCUCCUGGUCAGUCCUCAUCCCGAAACGGCUCCGUCCGACGUCUUCUCCCUACCCCUCCAUCGACAACCCCGGACAGGGGUACGACAACGCCGAGGCCGAGAAUUCAGCCAUCAUGGGUAAAGGACAAGGUGAUGACGUCAAUGUCAGUAGAGGAAGAUGAACACAGUUCAAGUGAAAACGAAUUCGUUGCGUCUGGCGUAGUGCGGCGGAAAAAGGACCCACCAACAAAACAAGGCUCCCAGAACAGACGAGAAGCCAACCUCCAGCGCUUUGCCCAAAUCGCCGCACACAACUUGAGCGACAGUGAAGAAUCCUCUUCUCCGGCGUCUUCAAGGAGCGGGUCUCCAAGGAGGUCACUUGCCACACCUUCCUCCUUUGAUUCGGCAAAUGUUGGAGGGGCCACUCCAGUAGCCAAACGGAAUCAUACUCCUACUCAUGCAAAUCCGAUCGCUAGCACUGGCAACCUCGCCAACGAAGCGAAAACAAGCAAUGAAGAUGCGCGAAGUAUCGAUAGCGGAGUCGUCCAAUCCGAUCACUCCAACCCGAUGGCCGCCAUGACGUUGUCUGUCUCCUCACUGGCACCUCUGGCGAAUGCAGCUUCAUCACAAGACCAUCAGCAAAAAGAAACUGGCCUCAGAAGUCGACAGGGGUCCUGCGAGUCCCGACGAGUUUCCAACGAAAGUACCCCCAGAAGGGAUAGUGCUGAGAGGGAGGCGAGUGGGAGCCGCAGCAGCUUAGGUCGAGACUCUGCCAGAGUUGCCACCUCUGUGUCUGGUACUUCACUUGUUACCCCACCUCCUCAGAAUCCUAUGACACAGCGCCGCGAGUCUCCGCUCGACCUCCGCAAGUUGAGCAUCAGCUCCGGAAGUACGAAACGGGCAGGGACAUCUACAGAUAGCGUCAAUAUGAUCGAUGCUAUUCGGGCGACAAAUAGUGCAAGGGCCGAUUCUCCCGGGGCUUCUUUUAUGAGCUCCCCAGAUGAUGACUCAAGCACCCUCGGAUCGAUCCAGUUCAACAUCAGCUACCUGCAGGAUAAGAAACAGUUGGUGGUGCAUUUGGUUCGGGCCAAGAAUCUAAGAGCUAUGGACAAGAAUGGGUUCUCGGAUCCGUACGUGAAGCUCCACCUAAUUCCAGGAAAUGCUAAAGCAACGAAGAUGACCUCAAAAACGAUCGAAAAGACCCUAAACCCUGAAUGGAACGAGGAGCUAACCUAUCAUGGUAUCACCGACGAAGACCGCCUCCGUAAAACCUUGAGGGUUACGGUUCUUGACCGAGACCGCAUUGGCUCCGAUUUCCUGGGUGAAACUCGAGUCGCUUUGAAGAAGCUCCCAGUCAAUGACAUCAAAAAAUUCAAUUUGUACCUUGAGCACGCGAUUCCGAUCCAACAAGAAAAGAAGGAAGCCGCAGUGGAAGAGCGAGGAAAGAUCCUGAUCGGUGUCCAAUACAACAUUCAACAAGGCUCCCUGUUCGUCCACGUCAAACGGGGCUCUGAAUUGGUUGGCAUGGACAAGAGCGGCUUCUCCGACCCGUAUUGCAAAGUCUCCCUUACUCCAAUAACCUCAAAGGCUCAUCGACAACGGACAUCGAUCAAGAAAAGAACGUUGAACCCAGAUUGGGAGGAGACACUUGCUUUUAUCGUCCCUUUCAAGGACCUUCCCAAAAAGACACUUCAAGUUGGCGUCUACGACCAUGAUGUGGGCAGUCGCGAUGAUUAUAUUGGCGGCAUUGUUCUUUCCACGUCUGCUAAGGGAGAUCGAGGAAAACAAUGGAUACAGGUAAUCGAAAACCCCGGUCAGGUAUUUGAAUAUUGGCACCGGCUGGAACUCGACAUU